UGAGAUAAUAUGAGCUUUGUGACAUGGUGCAUUAUCCUGCUGGAAGUAGCCAUUAGAAGAUGGGUACACUGUGGACAUAAAGAGAUGAAGACAUGGUCAGCAACAAUACCCAGCCCACGCUUGCCCAUCAAAUCAUCAGUGUUCACACAACCUGAGGACAUGUGGGCUCCCUUAAGAUCAGCGUGAGAAGGCAGGCAGGCAGCAUGACAUCACCUCCAACAGGUAUCUUACAGAAGCAGCUGCUACAGCAUAAAUACUACAAGCUCUCUGGCAGAAGUUCAUUCUAACACAAUACAGCAACACAAAGAGAGAAGUAUCACCACAGAGCGCUGGACGCACCUGAAGAUACAGAGAGAGCAUCAAGUGUUUGAGUUGGAAGAUUUUUCUAUACAGAAGGCAGUACAGUAAAAUCAGAGUUUUGCACAGUAUGGUGGCAUACACAACCGCACCAGCUGAUGUGGAGACCGGUCUUGAGGAGCGGACAGUGGUUUUAGUUGAAAAGAAGUCAUCUACUGGGUGGAUAUGGAAGGUGUCCGGGACCCUCCUCAUCAUCCUCCUUUGUUUAGGAGGCAUCCUGCUGUUUUCAUGGUACUGGAAUGGAAGGCCAGAAUUGAUGCAAUCAGGCAAAACAGAAGCACUAAUGAGCCACACUGCUGACAAAAAAGGUCCCCACCACGAACUGAGGCGAAACAGCACCAAUGCAGCCAUCCACUUAGAAGGGAUUUGCGACGACUGUGGGAAAGACAAGCUGGAGUGGAGAGUUGAUCAAGGCCAGGCGUUCGCCCAGGGCGGCUUGAAACUGUUGGAUAACCAGAUCGUGAUCCCACAAAGCGGCCUCUACUUCGUCUACAGCCAGGCGUCGUUCAGAGUCACCUGCAGCGAUGGCGACGAGCAGGGAGCGGGAAAACGUCUCACACCUCUCAGCCACAGGAUCUGGCGCUACUCCGACUCUGUAGGCAGCAAGGCCUCUCUGAUGAGCGCGGUGAGGUCGGCGUGCCAGCAGGGUGCUCAGGAGGGCAGCUACAGAGUUGGACAGGGCUGGUACAACGCCAUAUAUCUUGGUGCCGUGUUUCAGCUGAAUGCAGGCGACAAACUCUGGACGGAAACCAAUCAGCAAUCAGAGCUGGAGAUCGACGAUGGCAAGACUUUCUUUGGUGUAUUUGCACUUUGAAAUGACUUCUUUGCUGUGAUACUAAUUGAGAGGAUACGAAGUUCUGCACAGUGCCAUACAUUUUGGUUUAUUUAAAAACGUUAUGUACAUAUAUAUUUUAUUUUUUAUUAUUAUUCAUCUACAUGGUGAUAGAGAAACAGUUAAAUCUCAAUGGAGAUAAAGCUCAUAGCCGAACAGGCUGUGCUGAUUUUGAAAACUUAUAAACUGUAACAGUUUGCCACAUUAUUUCUAUUUUAGGCACUUUUUGUACUUUGUUAUUUAUGUUGACCUGAGAUUGUAGAAGGAUAGACUUUCUCUGUUGUAUCAGAUGACGACACAGCUCUUCACUGGUGCGUUUUUUUUAUGAGGAUUAUGUACAGAACUAUUAUCAUUUAUACAAACCGUAUGUAUUUAUUUGUAUUUAUUUGUAUUUAAAUGGUCGGGAUUAGAUUUUAAAGAUUAUAUUUAUAUACUUUCUGAGCACAUAAACUGAAUUAAAAUGCAACAAAAAGCCA